CAAAGUGUUAGUGGUCAGAAAACAUUUCUGCCCUAAACACAUUUAUUUCUAAAGAAACAAGUUCUUUUGAGAUUAUAACUUCAUCCUGCACCUGAAUUUCUACAAAUUGAAAGAGUGGGUGAAUUUGAAGCGUUUAAUAAUUUCAGAUCAAAGUGCAUGAUCACAGUUGUGGGAGUGUUUAGUUUAAUGUAGGAGUGGUGACUUUUCAGAUAAAUGUUACUAAAGUAUGAAUGAUCAAGUCGGCUCUGCUCGAGUCUCAAGUGAAAGCCUAUUACUACAUUUAGAAAACCCAGUGAAGUUGGAACAAAUCAUUUCUGGUACCAAUGAAAUGAUGAAACAUCUUGAGCCUUUGAAUGGAAUUGUAUUUGAGUAGAGAACAUUCACUUAUAAUGUGAAACCGAAUUAUUUAUACAUUUUCAAGUUAUCAGGCUAUAUUAUUAUAUUGUUAGACGUUUCACGUGAUUCCGUAGGUCCACAUUGAUCCAUAACAUCAAUCGAUAGUGAUGCGUUGCAGUCGCGUUAACCGUCACGUGACCCGGAAGCUCAAAAUGAAGCGGUUGAGCGUGAGCGCUUUUGAAAUGUAAACAAACCCCGCUGUUUUUUUGCUUGUUUUAUCAGGCUAACAGUUGAUAUAUAAUGCGUGCUUGUAUUUUAAAUUAAACGAGAGUCGCUCGCCAUCGCGGCAGACUCGUGAAUGAGCAGCGAUGAGGCGGAAAGCUAAAGCCGAAGAGCGAACUCAUCAAACCGGCUUAUCGGUGUAGCUGGGGACUUGCUGGCACGGCCCUUUAAUGCGAGACAGAGCGCUCCAUCAUGGAUGACUCGGACCAGGACUUUGUGGAUCUCUGCUCAAAGCUGCUAAAACGAGUCCGCAAGAAACCAGGUGGGUCCCGACCGCCAAGGAAAGCGGAGCAUCAGCCCUCCAGUCAGGUGAGCAAUGCAGACAAGAGGAGGAGAGAAGCUGACUCUGGGUCUCAGCCCGUUUGUACUGGUGCAGAAGAGCAUCUGGUAUGUGGGGGGACUGCUCACGAUGCAGGAGAUGCAGAGCCGUCAGUUGGGCCUUCAGCAGCAGCAGCAGGACCAAGAGGUUUGGAGGCGAAAGACAAAGUCCUCCACAGAAUGCAGCAGUUCAAGAGAGCCACUCCGCAGAAGAUGGUGCACAAAGACAAGAGUCAGCCAGCAAACCCAACUCCUGCUCCACCUCUGACACAAAGACGAGAUGCUCCGCACUCUUUCAGUCCAGGUCUCCGCCCGGAGCCCCAGGACAGCGACGAGGCUCUGGCCCUGCAGAUGCAGCAGGAGUUGGACAGGGAGGCAGCAGAGACCCAGGUGGUGGACCUGGAGGACAGAGGCCUCUUCUUCUGUCAGAUCUGCCACCGGGAUCUGUCGCACAUGACGCCCGAGGGGCGAACGCAGCACCUCAACAGGUGUUUGGAUGAGAGUGAAGAGAGCGCUCCGGCCCCUCCUCCCCCGCCUUCCGGUGUCCCCGACUGUCCCAUCUGUGGCAGGAAGUUCAAGUCCCAGAAGAGUCGCUCGGCCCACCUGAAACGCUGCUCCUCGGACAUGGGCGUCGCUCCGGCUGUGCUGCUGCAGGCUCUGCAGAGACAGACCGAGGAGACCCAGAAUGUCCCCGCCGAUUCCACACUCGCACAGACCGGUGGCACUAAAAGAAAAGGCCCGUCCAAGCCGGGCUUGCCAGCGAAGAAGAAGCCCAGAAAGAAGACCGCGUCCCUGGACGAAGACGCCAUGGUGGCCCUGGCUUUGUCCUCCUCACUGCUGGAACAGGAGCAGAGGGAGUCCGAGGUAGAACUACAAACAAACACUGCUGCCUCCCACAUCUCCACGACUUCAGCAUUGAAGUGGAGGACAGACACAGGUAAAGGGCGUGGAAAGAGGAAGAGGGGCGCCGUCCCGCGUCCUCCUCCGCUCCUCCUUGUUCAGGAUGCGGAGGCGGCUCUGACGAGGCUGCAGGAGCGCGUCUCUGCGCUCCUCCUUCGCAGCCGGGCCCCCUCCCCCCCCACCCCGACCCGCUGCCCCAGCAGUCUGCCCGGCCGGAGCGGUGCCGCCGUCCUCUGGCAGAAGAGCACACUGCCGCCGGACGGAGCCUCCACCCGUCCGUCUGAUUUCUACACUCCAGAGCUCAGGGAGUUCAUCACCCCGUGGGAAUCGGCCACGACUGACGCAGCCACCUCCAGCACCACCAACAAGCCUCAGUCUUCUGUCCAACCAGUGAGUGAAGGAACUCCCGGCACAGGGACCGUGGCCUCCAUCCUGCCAUCCGCCUCCCAGGUGUCCUCCUCUCAGACGACUCCCUCCACCGGCCAGACGCUCCUCAUGGACCUGAUGGAGCUGGCUGAAGAUGGCAUGACCCUCACCCAGUGUGGUCACACUGCUUCAGACCCUGACAAAGACGGGAGUGCAGGUCGGAUCCCAAACAUUCGUCUGAGCGGCUUCGUCCCGGAGGAGUCCGAGGAGCAGGCGGACCUCUGUGUGAGCGGCUUCCUACCAGAACCAACACACACGCAUACAGAGGACGCUCGCUGCCGAGCCAGGACGGCGGCGGCUCAGCCGGGGGCAGAUGAAGAGCGAGGCAGCCGCCGAUCGGUGGCGCUAUCCAGCCUGGCAUCAGACCUGAGCGGCAUGGUGAACAACCCUCAGCUCAGUGACCUGCAGCUGCAGGUGGACAGUGGAGAGGUCUACUUUGCUCAUUCCUUCAUGCUGUAUGCUCGAUGCCCCCUGCUGGCAGAAAUGGUACAUGAAAGUGGUUUUGGGGUGCAGGAGGAAGGCCAGCCUGCAGCCCAAAGAGUGUUGAUGAAUGACGUCCCGGGACGGGCGGUGUUGGCUUUGCUGCAGUAUCUCUACACGGCCCGCUGCUCCGUCCCGGCAUCGCUCCGGGCUCAUGUGCUGGAGCUGGCAUCUAGGUUUGACUUGCAGGAGCUACAAUUGCUUUGCGAGCUUCACCAUCAGGACCCAGCGACUCGGGGGGAUGAGGAAGACGACAGGAACCAGGAGGAGAAUGUCAACAACCGAACACACCAGGCCCUCACGGAGCUGCUCCGCUCCAUGUGGGACGAAGAGGAUGAAGACGGCGAGGGCACAGAUACAGGUGGAGGGAGGGACGAAGAGAGAGAACUGGAAGACGAUCAACAAGCCGUGGUUCUCCUCGCGGACCGAGAGAUCCGCGAGGAGAACGUGAACGAGGAGGAGCUCGAGGAGAUCUAUGAGUUUGCCGCCACGCAGAGAAAGAGGGAGGAGGAGAAAGACAGCACGGAGGAGGAGAAGGUAGACGAGGAAGAAGACAGAGAAGAAGUGUUCACAGAACUGACAGAACCCCAAAAAAGUCCAUCAGGCCUCAGCGUAAACAAACUGCAGCCAAACUCUCAACCUGAGCCGGACCCCGGCCUGGAUCGCAGCUACAGCAGCCUCUUCUCAGACUGCUGGGGGGUCUACGAGGAAGAAGAUCCUUCCUCCUUACCCUCCACUUCUGCCCCGGGUAAGACCCACACCCCCCCUCACUGCCAGCAACGCCAGUCCCCUCAUCAACCCUCAUCUGAACCCGCUUUGCUUCAGUCCUCAGCAAGCGUGGUUGACGACCUUUCCCUCAGCCCUCCGCCAAAUGCAUCCAACCUGCCUGUCCCGGGUCAGUCUCCCGGUCAAGAUGAUCUUGCUUUGACGCGAGAACGUCCUGGUCCUCGUAGUAUUUGUGAGAAGAAGGAACCUGAGCUCAUUGUUUUGUCGGACUCGAGCGAGGAGAUGGAGGUAGUUGUUGGUCCCUGCGGUCCUUCGCCACAUUCCCCUCGCGCCAUCCAGAACCUGCAGGGCUACACCCAGAUCAAACCUCAGCCGGUCCCGAAACCCAAUGAACACACCCUGCCAAAUACACAGUCCAGUAGUUUAGAGUUAAGUCCCGAUGAUCCAUCUGCGGCGCCAGUUCAAAGUGAUCUAGGUCCCUGGUGUGACCAGAAUCCGGAAGACUGUUCUCCUGAAGUGUCCUGGCUGAUCCCGUCCACGCCGGUCCAGCCCGGCAGAAGCACCGCGACCAGCUCCACUCAGACCAAGAGCAGCGUGUUCAGGACGCAGCUGUUCCCUAGAGGGGACACUUCCUCGCCCUCUGUUUUCUCUUCUCUUGCUUUACCAAGCGCAACCUCCAACAGUCCAGUCAGAGUCUCUGCGUUCUAUGUUCCCAAGUUAAAGCCGGACGAGACCCGGCCUUACAGAAGCACUCCUCUGCACACAGAGCUCCACAAGGUCCCCGUUGUCCUCGCCACUUCCCCGCUCCACGGCAACCUCGACGAGAGUUGGACGAGUCACGGAAGGGACAGGGCGCCGUCUGAAAGCCCGAGGGAGACGGAGUUGGGGAGCUUUCAUCUGUCCCCCCUGUCUGACCCCACACCUUCGCCCUCGUCUUCCUCUUACAGAGGUCUUCAAGGUUCACAGAGGCUCGGUGAAGCCUCCCGUCAAAGUCGUCGCUCUGUUGAGUCCAGCAGUCACAACAGCGCAGGGUCUGAGCUCAACGGGAGAGGAUUAGGGAAGGACGAAGGAGAGAUUGGGUGUGAAAAUAAAGACACGGGUGAUGAAGGAGAGCAGGAGGAAGCAGAAGAUGGAGAGGCAGAAGUUGCUGAAUCCAGUUUCCAGCAGAGCUUCAUGGACGAGCCUCCCAUCGCUUUCAAUGACUCGUGGGGUUUCGACGCUGUGGAUUUCAAGGCGAACCCGGGCUGCUUCAGUCUGAGGCUGGAGGACAGCAGAGCGUCCAGCCAGCAAGGCGAGCGCAGCCUGGGACGACGAGAGGCAGCCGGGUCGGCCUCCUCCGCCGACCGCCGCCCUUCACCACGCAGUCGCCCUGGCUCUGUGGCGGCCUGCUCUCCACCGGCCUGCUCUCCACCCAAAGCCCACAGCUCACGACCAUCCACCAGUGUACGAGCUCAUAUGGGCCUUUCCUUUACUCCUUCCCCACCUGACCCCACCAAGCAGACCACUCCAGAGAUCAUCAACGGCCUCCUUAACUCCAAAAUAUGGGACAGCUGGGAGGAAGACGAGGAGGUGGAGGCUCUUUCUCCCGCUCUGCUCAAAACACCGGCAUCAUCACAGAUUAAACGUCGUCACACCUUGGUGCCCAUCACCCCGUUGCCCCACUACUCUGACAUGGACACACCGGAGCUCAAGAACAAACUCAACAGGUUUGGCGUUCGGUCUUUACCGAAGCGCCAGAUGAUCCUCAAACUGAAGCAGAUCCACCAGUACACCCACCAGCUGGUCAGCUCUGAGGACGAGGAAGAGGCCCCCUCGGCGAGCCGCGCAGUUCAGACGAAGCGCCCGACCACCACUUCAGAAGUUCCUGGCAGCAGACCGGUGUCCUGCACCCAGAGGGUGAAGUUUAAAGAGCCCAGAGCGCCCGGCGCCAUCUCCCCUCCCAAAGCCGACAGAGAGGAGGAGCAGCUGUCUGCCUCACAGGGCUCCAACACCUCUUCAUCUGCUGCCAGUGAACAAUCUGAAAGGUCCAACCCAGAGCUGCGCCUCUCCUCCGACUCAGACAGUGACGGCGGCGUCUCUGCCUCCCAGUCAGCAAACAGCCUCCAAGAUCGCCUCCGGGCGGUGCGCUCCUUCAUCCUGUCCGACUCCGAGCUGUACGGUCAGAUCCUCCAGUACCGGCCUCUCGUGUUGUCCCAGUUCCAGGAGCGCCUCAAAGCGGCAGGGAUCCGUCUGGGUGCCGCCAAGCUAGUGGACUACCUGGACUCCCAGUGCAUCACCUUCACCACGGCCAAGCCGGGCCACUCCUCAGCCGGCCGCAGGCGGGGCAGGAGGACAGGCAGGGGGGCGAAGGCAGCGGGCAGGAGAAGAGCCGUCAUUUAAAACUUUAGAACUGCACGAAGCAGAAACUGUGAGAGGUGGCAGGUUUGAACAUUUGGAAAUAGUAUUCUUGGAGAGAUGGGACCAGGCUGAUUCCUCAAGAGCUCACUUCAGGUUUUACUAUGUUUUAAAACUACGUUAAAAUAUGUUUCUUCAGGACAGGUUUUGAAUGUUGCAUUAUAAACCCACUGUGGAGAUUUAAAAAUGGUAAGAAUGGUCACUUGUAUUUCUAUAUGAAAUAGAUUUUAAGCAUCUUAUGUAUGUGAUGGUACAAAUAAACAAUCCAGCCGGGUACCGUCAUCCAAAUAAUAAAUGUUUCAAUCAA